UCCAGUCAGAGAUCAGAACGACUCCUCUACUGAAGCUAACCUCAUAGCUUGCACCAAGAGAAGAGAACCCAAAACACAACGAGAAAAACGAAAACGCCAGGAAGCAAACUGACGAGAUCAGCUUGAUCCGACACUGAGAUACCUACCGAAACUUCCGGCUGAAAACCCGAACCUAAGACGAAAAGGACGUUUUUUUGGGCAGAUUCUCUAAACGCUCUUUUUCUUAAGGAAAAAGAAAAGAUGUCUCCAGGAAUGACCCGAGUGAUUUUGCUGCCUUUCCUGUGCCUCCUGCUCUCCUACAUGGCUGCCGGCCAAGAGUGCACGGGCCAGUGUGAUUGCCCCUCAUCUCCCCCUGAGUGCCCGCCGGGAGUGAGCCAGGUGAUGGACAGGUGUGGCUGCUGCCGGGUGUGCGCCAAACAGAUGGGAGAGCUGUGCACCGAGAGGGACAUCUGCGACCCCCACAGGGGCCUCUACUGUGACUUCGGAGGGGCGCCCAUCAACAGGCGGAUCGGAGUGUGUGCUGCCAGGGACGGAGCCACCUGUGUGUUCAGUGGCCUGGUGUACAAGAGCGGCGAGUCCUUCCAGAGCAGCUGCAAGUACCAGUGCACCUGUAUGGACGGGGCCAUCGGCUGCGUGCCCCUGUGCUCCAUGGACGUCAGGCUGCCCAGCCCCGACUGCCCCAUGCCCAAGCGCGUCAAGGUGGCCGGCAAGUGCUGCGAGGAGUGGGUGUGCGACUCUGUGCGGCCCAACGCCGACAAGGUCUUCUUUGGCUCUGCUCUGGCCGCCUACAGAGAGGAGGCGACCUUCGGCCCAGACCCCUCCAUGAUGAGGGAGAACUGCCUGGUUCAGACCACAGAGUGGAGCGCCUGUUCCAAGACAUGCGGCCUGGGCAUCUCCACCAGGGUGACCAACGACAACCGCGAGUGCCGUCUGGAGAAGCAGACCCGCUUGUGCAUGGUCCGACCCUGCGAGUCUCACCUGGAGCAGAGCAUCAGGAAAGGAAAGAAGUGCAUCCGCACCCCAAGGGUCUCAAAGCCCAUGAAGUUUGAGAUCUCCGGCUGCACCACCACCAAGUCCUACAGGCCCAAGUUCUGCGGCGUGUGCCUGGACGGUCGCUGCUGCACCCCCCACAGAACCACCACCCUGCCCAUGGAGUUCAAGUGUCCCGACGGGCAGGUGAUGAAGAAGCACAUGAUGUUCAUCAAGUCCUGCGCCUGCCACCACAACUGCCCCGGCGAGAAUGACAUCUUUGAGUCCAUGUACUACAAGAAGAUGAUGGGAGACAUGGCCUAAGGCGCGGCGCAGGUUGAACUUUAGACCUGAGAAGAGAAAAACUAAGAAAAAACGAAAAACAAACGCACGAACAACAGAACUCCAGAUUUUUUUGCAGCUCAGUAUAUUAUUUGUUUUUGGUCGUUGUUGUUUUUCUCGCGUCCAGCCAAAACGUAUCGUAUCUGUUGUUGUUUCGAGGUUGCCCUGACACGACCGUGUGUUACGGUGACACCUCUCCAUAAAGUCUGACUGAGGGUUGCAUGCAACUGCUCCAAAGAAAGAAAAAAACCCUGCACUAGAACUUCCCCCGCCCCCACCUCCUACUAUGUACAACCCGUCCGUUCUCGUGUACACUUCGUCCAGAACUUUGACCUCCCAUCUUAUUUAGGUGGGAACCCCCCCACCCCCUUACCCUUGUAACCUUCCUGCCCUC